AGCGCCUAGACGGCCUUGAUUACUUUUCUGUAAAAAGAACAAUCUUUCAAGGAGUCAUCACUCGCAGCUGAGCACCUUGAGAGCGUCGAAUCAGUGUAACUGUGAUUCCAGGAUAAACUCACACCCAUCCAAGGUAAGCUACAAAACUGCUUCAGGUUAAUCAAUUUGCACUAAACUACUCGACAUAACACCAACCAAACCAAUUCACACCCAGAAUAACACAAACUGCACAGACUAUAUCGAACUAAUGGCCUACACGUACAUUGACCACAUUAGUCUACAACAAAUAAGUCAACCACACCCUAAACGCCAGAAUGCAUCUUCCUAUUAAAAAACGGAUCCUUUGUGGUGUCAAUGGUUUGUAACAUACACGCAUAACUGCGCAUAAAGCCCUUUGUCCAUAAAGGAAACAAUGAGAUCAUUAAUCUUUCAGUGUCUAGACGGCCUUGAAUACUUUUCUGUAAAGAGAACAAACUCUUGCGGAAUCAUCACUCGCAGCUGAGCACCUCGAGAGCGUCGCAUCGGUGUAACUGUGAUUCCAGGAUAAACUCACACCCAUCAAAGGUAAGCAUAUUUAUACCGCUCAGCAUUACAAAGAGACUAUCAUACGUAGGAGUGAAAAUAAUACAUUGGAGCUACAUUUUUUCAGACCUAAGUAAUUAUAGCUAACUACUGCAAACUACGGAACUGCUUCAGAAUAAUUAAUUUGUACUAAACUACUCAACAUUACACCUACCAAACAAAUUCACACCUGGAAUUACAUAAACUACACUAUAUCGAACUAACGGCCUACACGUAAAUUGACCUUAUUAGUCUACAAAAACUAAGGUAACCACACCCUAAGCACUAAAAGACAGCGACGACAUUGACUACAACUAAAUACAACAACCAUGAAAAAAACAUCGAAGUACACCGGCACUUACUGCCAACCUACUUACGCUACAUCGUAAUUUGGGCGUGUAAGCGAAACAUGACGCUUUAAUUGUUAACCAAAAUCACACAAUGAUUCUUUAGAUACGAUAGACUUUGCAAGAGUCUUCAAUAAUCGAUCAUGAUCGGUCUUUAGUCAUAGUACAUUAUGCAAGUAUGCAAAAAAGCAGUGUUUAUAACAUGCGCUAAAAUAUCUCAGACUUUAAGUAAAUGUGAUUUCGAAAGUCAGAGUGCGUUCCAGUGUAAUAUAGUCGUAGAAACGAAACACAAUUCUGCACAAAGAAUUCAUGAGCGGGAGUAAUAAGAUAUAGCGAUUCGCUAGUCACAGUACACUUAUUUGUUAUUGAUGUAACAGGGCCAAGGAACUGAACUGAAAAGUGAAACGAAAGAGUAGACUCUAGCUAAAAAUUUAAUAUUGAUUCUACGUGUGCUAAAUGGCUGCAAAGCUGUCUACAAAUAAAUUCUAGUUUGUGUUUUAGCCUCCGCCUAUCAUAAUUUUUUAAGGAGUACGAGAAAGUGGAAAAAUCGAGUAUCUACAAUUAAAGUCACAUUCAAGUUCUUUAACUGUACUAGGUCUAUUUUUUUUCUCUUUCAUGAGCUAUAAAGUCUGCAUUGCAAGAUGUUUCGUGCCAUCAUCCUAUUGAUAACUGAAUCCUUUGUGGUGUCAAUGGUUUAUAACAUACACGCAUAACUGCGCAUAAACCCCUUUGUCGAUAAAGGAAACAAUGAGAUCAUUUAUCUUUCAGCGUCUAGACGGCCUUGAAUACUUUUCUGUAAAAAGAACAAUCUUUCAAGGAAUCAUCACUCGCAGCUGAGCACCUCGAGAGCGUCGAAUCAGUGUAAUUGUGAUUCCAGGAUAAACUCACACCCAUCAAAGGUAAGCAUAUUUGCACCGCUCAGCAUUACAAAAAGAUUAUCAUUGGUGGGAGUGAAAACAAUGCAUUUGUGCUACAGUUUUUCAGACCUGGGUAAUUAUAGCUAACUACCUCAAACUACAGAACUGCUCGAGGUUAAUCAAUUUGCGCAUAAUUUCCUCAACUUCUUCAAACUAUAGACUAUAUCAGCUAAAUCAAUUAGCACUAAACUACUUAACAUUACAUCAGCCCAUAGACAUGGUUUGAUGCUACUCUGGUUUACAGAUUUAAUGAAUGUAACCAAAGAAGUUAUCAUUCAUAGACCCUGGGUCUAUGAGUUGUAACUUCUUCGGCUACAUUCGUUAAAUCUGUAAACCAGAGUAGCAUCAAACUAUGUCUAAUUGUCCACCUGGUUUCCGUGUGAACUUUAAUAUAUUACAUCAACCCUUAUUUAAAAUUAUUAUAUCCGGCGUCAAGGCGGCCAUGAACAGUGCUCUAUGAAGAAAACCUACUUUUUAUAUCGCCAAUGGUGCCAAAAUACCGCGAGCACUGGCAAAAAGAGCUUAUGCUACGUGAUCUGCUUCUUGAAUAUGCACAUGUACGAGUUAAAUGUAACUGAGCUAUCUCAAAUGUUUGGAAAAUUUAAAGCUGUGGUAUUUUUUGUGAUAAAAUUUGAAUGCUUUCCUGUGUACUUUGAUCAAAUUUUUCGUGGCUAGAGGCGUUUUUUUUUGUAAAGCCGUUUGUAAUUGCGUUUUCCUCUCCUUCAGUUUGAGGAAUGUGGAAAAGUCUUGAGCGCGUUGAAAGGCUUUACUUUGAGCCACUUUCCUUUUCAAGCUUUCCCGUCUAUCGCGUAAAAUGCAUCUUUUACGGAUCGUAAGCACUAACAGUCUGCUCUAAAAUCACAAGAAACGCCAUGAAAUAAGGCAAGUGCGGAUAAGCAAAGAAUUGCUCCUUAAUCUGACACUGGACACGACUCGCCAAGUUGUUCAGUUCUGGCAGCUUUGCUGAAUGCAUUUAAAUUUCAUCAUCGUUUCAUAAUUCAAACUUGUGGAAACCCGUAUACUUUCUGUGAUCCAAACGGAGACCAAAAUAACCACUGUCUCGUUCUUAGGUGAAUGGAAGUGGCCCUAGAUGAGAGGAGAGAGUAAGUGAAGGCCGAAAUAAAACGCUGACUGACAAGAAAGGAGAAACAAAAAUGUUCUACGAAGAGCAUAGGCAGCGAGCAGAACUAUAUUUUGAGGAAAAUCAUCCUUACAUUAUUGGACGCGCCCUGAAGAAGAUAAAUAAAUUAAGAGUGAAGGAGAACAAACCAAUUAGAGACCCUAAGAGAGGCCAUCAUGUUAUCAACAAAGGAGUCAACGAUCUUUGCAAAGAUAUAAUUAAGGAUUGUUUCGUGAAGAUUGGGCGCAGAAAUUAUUAUAAUGAGUUAAGAAAUCUGAAUAUCAUUGACGAAAAUGGUCUCCUGAACCUCAAUGCAGCGCCUCGGCCCUUCGAUAUCCCAUGGGAAAUUAAGUCCAAAAUUGACAGUAUGAAAGUGCAUAAGCCGGGGAAGGAUGAGAAAUAUAUCAGCAAAAACGAUCUGCAGUUUGGUUGCGCCAAAAUAGUUCUGUUAGCAUGUCUUCAUUGCGUAAUGCUAGAUAUCUUUAAAAGCUCCUUACAAGACGAAGAAAUGCCUAAUCUUGAUGACACAUUAAAAAACCUGAGCAUUAUAAUUGCUUACGACUUUAUUCAAAAGAACGGGCAUGGUGUGUACGUAGACGUUAAAGCUAAGGAAUGGUGGGAUAAAGAAAAUCCAGGUAAAGAACAAGACUUCGCAGAGUGUAAAAAAUCAGUUGAGACAUUUUUAAAAAGCAUAACAGAUGAUUCACAUGGGAUAUUAACGUUCGGAAAAUGGUUGUUAAGAUUAAGUUAGAAAAGAGCAGCUUGUCAAAUAUUUCGUCCAAUGAGCGAUCGUAGUCUAACUCGAAAUAUUACGACGCAUUUUCCAGUUCAUUUUAUCGCUGCUUAUGAAAAUAUGUGCAAAUAGUUAUUGCAUUUUUCGCGUCCUGGAACUUCAGGUUAAAUGAGUUAAUGGCGGUUUUGUUAAAGAUAUUCAAAACAAGGUUAUUUUGCUCUACCAUGUUCAAUCUUGCAGGGCUCCAACUUUCUUUGUUAGAAAAUAACUUCUUUGCCCUGGCUAUUGGUAAAAUAUUAUAAUGUAUUAUGUUGCGUCGUAGGAAUGCAAAUAUAAUUGCUCUUUUUGCUGGAAUGUGUGCUUCUUUUGAUGUCUUUCCGUAACCUCUAAUCUGG